AUGGCGGCUAGGGACCGCUUCAGCGCCUACCUGGAGCCACCCGCACAGUCGACGCUACAGCGAUAUAUCCAUAAUGCGUGCGACCCCCAGAACUACGAACCGAACCUCGCCCUAAACCUAGAGGUGGUGGAUUUGAUCAAUACAAAGAGGGGAAAUGCGCCUCGUGAAGCAGCAAUGACCAUUGUCCAGUUGAUAAACUCUCGGAAUGCGAAUGUUGCGAUGUUAGCCCUCGCUUUGCUCGACAUAUGCGUGAAAAAUUGUGGAUAUCCCUUUCACCUUCAGAUCAGUACAAAGGAGUUCUUGAACGAAUUAGUUCGUCGAUUCCCUGAACGGCCGCCUAUUCGGCCGUCGAGAGCGCAGCAGAGGAUUCUCGAGUCUAUUGAAGAAUGGAGACAGACGAUAUGCCAGACCUCAAGGUACAAGGAUGACCUGGGAUUCAUCCGUGACAUGCACCGCCUCCUCCUCUACAAGGGCUACAUGUUUCCAGAGAUCCGACGUGAAGAUGCUGCCGUUCUGAACCCAAGCGAUAACCUCCAAUCUGCAGAGGAGAUGGAAGAGGAAGAGAAGAUCGCUCAGUCAGCAAAGCUCCAAGAGCUAAUACGCAGAGGGAACCCGGAUGACCUUCGAGAAGCCAACAGACUAAUGAAAAUAAUGGCAGGAUAUGAUACACGACAUCGGACAGACUAUCGAGCAAAGGCGGCAGAGGAGGUUUCGAGGGUUCAGGAGAAGGCCAAGCUUCUUGAAGAGAUGCUAGAGAAUUUCAAGCCUGGCGACAAGUUAGCGGAGGGUGACGUCUAUGAGGAACUAGCCAGUGCUCUUCAAAACGCACAUCCAAAGAUACAAAAGAUGUGUGAGGAUGAGUCGGACGACAACGAGGCUGUAUCAAAACUACUGGAGAUCAAUGAUAGUAUACACCGAACGGUGCAAAGGUAUAAGUUGAUCAAGGCCGGAGAUGUAGCUGGAGCAUCCAAUAUACCUAAAGGUACUCUAGGGACGAGCACGGGUGUGAAAAAGAAUGCUGCCAACGAGCUAUCUUUGAUCGAUUUUGGAGGCGAGGAAGAGCAACUGUCUGCGCCUUCUAACGGCAAUACAGCUGCUAAAGCACCUGCUGCUUCUACACUUGAGGGUGACUUACUAGGUCUCUCCUUCCAAGACGAACCUCAGGGAAGUGUUGCGCUUCCUCUGGGUCCAUCUGAUGAAGGCCCUGGCUCAGCCUCAAUUCCAAAGCCGUCACCAGCACCUUCCACCUCAACACCUACGCCUCUACCAGCUGACCCGUUUGCCGCCAUCACCUCUGGCGGAUCACGGACAUCUUCACCGUUCAACAAACUACAAAGUUCAGCUUCUUCAAACGCUGCAUCUUCUUCACUAUUAGACCUAAGCCAGCUAACGUCGGGGGCUUCAGCUUCAAACCUUCGUGGCUCAUAUUCGCCUCAACAACCCACCCAAGGGAAACAAAUGACGCCAGCCCAGGCAGCUGAACCAGACGACGAAUGGACCUUUUCAUCUGCUCUUCCAGAGGAAACUUUACCCUCACAGAAUACCAUAGAAGUUCUCAAUACCGCCAUAGGCAUAAAAAUGCAGGUGAAACGUUUUCCCGGAGAGAAUAAAAUACAUGGUCUUGUAUCAUUCUCCAACAAUACACCGCACGCUAUUUCAGAAUUACACUUCCAGAUAGCCAUAGAGAAGGCUUAUUCCUUACAGCUCCGGCCUCAAUCUGGCAGAGAUAUUGCGCCGUAUCAGAAGAUUGGGGUUCAGCAGCAGCUCCAGAUGGACGGGGUUCAGCCAGGCAAGGGGAACUCGGUCAGGCUUCGGUAUAAGGUAUCCUUCAAGGUUGGACAAGAACUAAAUGAGAGUGAUGGAUUGGUGCCAUCAUUAGGCAUUUCGUAA